ACCGCUCUGACCCUCGAUACCCCGGUCCAUUUCUCAAUCCUUCACUAUGUCCGAUCAGAGUGAAUACCUCUCCGAUUCUAUGUCGGGCCAGGACAACGGGCUGAGGCCCUUGUCCAAUGCGGACGACUUGUCUCUCGGAAAUCCCAACAGCGAUCUGUCUCGUAUCAUGAGCCGUGCUGGCAUCCAACUAGCCAAUGGGUUUCCGCUCGAUGAUGACGAGGACGAGGAUGAGGACGAGGUGGAUGAGGACUAUGCUGCGGUUGAUCAGGAUGACGACGCAAACGAUUUCCCAUACUGGUUCCGCCGCCCACCCUCCCACAACCGCACAAAGCUGGAUGAGCUGCAUCCUUUCGUCCAAUUGCUCUCCGCAUCUAAUGUGGAAGAUUGUGUGAAAGUAGAGGAAGCUUUCCCCGAGCAGGAGCGUUGCUCUCACGAUAAGUUCAUUUACCGUCUCACCAGAUGCCCCGAGCUUAGUCUGGGCCUCUUCACUCUUCCUUUGCUCGCAGAAGGAGAACCAAAACCCCGCCCAACGCUCGUUGGACACAUCAUUGCCACUCGCACUUCAGACCCCCUUGUGACAGACCGGUCGAUGCGGCUUCCGGCCAACUGGAAAAACGAGCGUUGGUCCGUCGAGGACGGACAGGCCGUUGGUCACGAAGAAGGUGGUAGCACUAUUGCCAUUCAUUCGCUUGCUGUGGACCCACAGCACCAGGGCAAGCAGGUCGGAAGCACACUGAUGAAGUCAUAUAUCCACCGUAUCAGAGAGGCCCAGAUUGCUGAUCGCAUCGCGAUCAUUGUUCACGAUCACCUGAUCCCCUUCUACGAGUCCUUUGGCUUCGAGUCCCAUGGCCCUAGCAAGUGCCAGUUCGGUGGUGGUGGUUGGGUAGAUAUGAUCCUGGAGUUUGGCCCCGAGCCUCUUGAGGAGUAAGAAGUUUUUCGGACCGGUUUUCUUUUAAUUUCCUUUUUCUUUUUUUCCUGCAUCUUUUCGGCUUGGGGCAUGUUAAACCACUUGACAGUUUCAACAUGUCUUUUAUUACGCACAUCCACGUUUUUGUCUCAUCUCAAGGGUUUAUCCUAGACGGGCUUUCAAGAGAAAAGCAAUGGAGUUUCUUCGGGUGGUGGGAUUACUUUUAUGAAUCUGGGCAGAAACGGCUUGGGCUUCCCGAAACGGUCACAAAAAGACUUGUGUACCAUAGUUGACGACAAUGCAAUGUAUAUGAGCAUGACGUUGAAUUAUGG